CACUCCGCGUGAAACAAAGUGUGGUGUCCGCGAGAGCCCCGUAGGAAGCGAAAAAGAGAGAAGAAACCCGGAGGAAAAAGGGAGAGAGAAUGGGGCGGCUGAAUCCACAGCAGCAGGAGGAAUACUAACCCUUAAAGACAGAAAGAGCUGAAGACGGAGGAGGAAACUCGCAGGAAAGAAACUUUUCGUUCUGGGGGGGGGGAAACUGUUACGGACUCAACAACACGGCCACGUUUGGGAAACAUGGAUACACUUUUCUCUGUAUUCCUGGGACUCCUGUUUCUCUUCUCGUCCGUUGGUAACGUCUCCGGCCAGAUACCGACAGCUCACAUGGGGCGCGCUGAGAAGGGGAGCUGUACGUUCGAUGAGGGCUUCUCUCAGUGUGAUUACCAGCAGGAUCCCUAUGAUGACUUUGACUGGACGCACAUCAACACCCAGGAAGUGCCAUACGUCUCACCAGACCUGCCACAAGGUUCCUACAUGUAUGUGGACGUCUCUCAGUACGACGUUGGGGAGAAGGCCAGGUUUCAGCUGCCGGUCAUGAAGGAGAAUGACACUCACUGUAUCGACUUCAACUAUCUUCUCACCAGCCCUGACGGCUCCAGCCCCGGCACCCUCAACGUCCUGGUGAAGGUAAACAAGGGUCCACUGGCCAACCCGAUAUGGAACGUGACGUCAUACACUGGCAAAGACUGGCUGAGAGCCGAACUCGCCGUCUCCACCUUUUGGCCCAAUGAAUAUCAGGUCAUAUUCGAAGCAGAAGUUUCGGACAGCAAAGCCGGCUUCAUCGCCAUUGAUGACAUUCAGGUGCUCAGCUACCCGUGCGAUAAGUCCCCACAUUUCCUGCGUCUUGGGGACGUGGAGGUGAACGCCGGACAAAAUGCCACUUUUCAGUGUAUCGCUACAGGACGAGACACAUCGAACAAUAAACUCUGGCUACAGAGGAGAAACGGAGAAGAUAUUCCUGUGGCUCUGACCAAAAACAUCAACCACAGACGGUUCGCCGCCUCCUUCCACCUCAAAGAAGUCACUAAUCAGGACCAAGAUCUGUACCGUUGCGUCACCCAGUCAGAGCGCGGCUCCGGAGUGUCUAACUUUGCAGGUCUUAUCGUCAGAGAGCCCCCGCACCCCAUCGCCCCGCCCCAGCUGCUAGGCGUCGGCCCCACAUAUCUGCUGAUUCAGCUGAAUGCUAACUCCAUAUUUGGAGAUGGGCCUAUCAUCCUGAAAGAGGUUGAGUACCGUAUGACAUCAGGCAGCUGGACGGAAACUCACGCUGUCAACUCUCCCAACUAUAAGUUAUGGCAUCUUGACCCAGACACAGAGUACGAGAUCAGAGUGUUACUAACCAGACCAGGAGAGGGAGGGACAGGCAAACCGGGACCACCACUCAUUACCCGGACCAAAUGUGCAGAACCUAUGCGGACUCCUAAGAGGCUAAAGAUUGCUGAGACCAGAUCUCGUCUGAUAGCGGUGGACUGGGAAUCGCUGGGUUACAACAUCACGCGCUGUCACACCUUUAACGUCACCAUCUGCUACCAUUAUAUGACUGCCAACAACCGCAGCAAAGCCGAUUGCUUGGACAUGGACCCUAAAGCACCACGCCACCUGGUGGGAAACCUGCCACCGUACACCAACGUCAGUCUGAAGAUGAUUUUGACCAAUCCAGAGGGACGGAAAGAGAGUGACGAGACCAUCAUACAAACUGAUGAAGAUGUUCCAGGCGCAGUUCCCAGUCAGUCACUAAGAGCCACUCCAUUUGAAGACAGAAUCCUUCUUUACUGGAAGGAACCGGCUGAACCCAACGGAGUCAUCAUACAAUAUGAGAUUAGUUACAGCGGUUUGCGUUCAUUUGACCCUUCGGUGCCUCUCCAGCGGCCGGGGCUCACAGUGUCUCUGCCCUCGAACGCCACCCAUCACCUGUUUUCCCAGCUCCACCCAGGUGUCACGUACCAGCUCUCUAUACGCGCAUCCACCUCCAAAGGGUUUGGUCCUGCAACCACACUCAAUGUGACCACUAAUAUUUCAGCCCCGACAAUAGAUGAGUACGAUGGGUCAGAGGCCUUUCUGAAUGAAACUGCAACAACCAUCACUGUCCUGCUCAAACCUGCCCAGGCCAAGGGAGCACCUAUAAGCGCGUACCAGAUCGUAGUUGAGGAAGUGAAUCCUCAGCGGACACGUCGUCAGGCUUCCUCUGACUGUUACGAGGUCCCAGUUUCCUUCCACAGUGCGUCUAGCGGUGGAUCUCCAUAUUAUUAUGCCGCCCAACUGUCCCCCAGCAACCUGCCUGAGCCGCUCCCCUUCACUGUGGGAGACAACAAGACAUAUCAGGGUUUCUGGAAUCCUCCACUGGCUCCAAGAAAGAACUACAACAUCUACCUUCAAGCUGUUAGCAGCACAGAGAGGGAAACUAAGACACAGUGUCUGAGGCUGGCUACUAAAGGUGCUACAGAGGAGCCAGAAGUCAUCCCUGACCCCGCUAAACAGACGGAUCGGGUGGUUAAGAUCGCUGGGAUCAGUGCUGGCGUUCUCGUCUUUAUACUGCUGGUGCUGGUAGCCAUCCUACUGGUCAAGAAGAGGAGGACCUACUAUUCAUACUCUUAUUACCUGAAAUUGGCAAAAAAACGUAAAGACGCCAUUGGAACGACUCGGCAGGAAAUGACUCACAUGGUGAAUGCCAUGGAUCGCAGCUAUGCUGACCAGAGCACUCUGCAUGGAGAAGAUCCCAUGGCUGUGACAUUCAUGGACUCUCACAACUACAACAACAGAUUGCCCAACGAUCCUCUGGUUCCUACCGCUGUGCUAGAUGAGAACCACAGUGCCUCUGCAGCAGAGAACAGCAGGCUUCUGGAUGUUCCUCGGUAUCACUGUGAAGGGACUGAAUCUCCUUAUCAGACAGGACAGCUCCACCCUGCCAUCAGAGUGGCCGACCUGCUGCAGCACAUCAACCUAAUGAAAACAUCUGACAGCUACGGCUUUAAGGAGGAGUAUGAAUUGGUGAUACAGAGCUUCUUCGAGGGCCAAUCGGCCUCCUGGGAUGUGGCCAAAAAAGAGCAGAACCGCACCAAGAACCGCUACGGGAACAUUAUAGCAUAUGACCAUUCAAGGGUUAUUCUCCAGCCCAUAGAAGACGAUCCCUCCUCCGACUACAUCAACGCCAACUACAUCGAUAUUUGGCUGUACAGGGAUGGUUACCAGAGACCAAGUCACUACAUUGCUACUCAGGGUCCUGUUCAUGAGACGGUGUAUGACUUCUGGAGGAUGGUGUGGCAGGAACAGUCAGCCUGCAUUGUCAUGGUAACCAAUCUGGUGGAGGUCGGAAGGGUUAAGUGCUAUAAGUACUGGCCAGAUGAUGCAGAGGUGUACGGAGACUUCAAGGUCACUUUUGUGGAAGUUGAACCUCUUGCUGAAUAUGUGGUUCGCACAUUUACGCUGGAGAGGCGUGGUUUCAACGAGGUGCGGGAGGUCAAGCAGUUCCACUUCACAGGCUGGCCUGAUCACGGAGUUCCAUAUCAUGCCACGGGACUACUUUCCUUCAUCCGCAGAGUGAAAAUCUCCAAUCCACCCUCUGCUGGGCCAAUUGUGGUCCACUGCAGUGCUGGAGCAGGGCGUACAGGCUGUUUCAUAGUCAUUGACAUCAUGUUGGACAUGGCAGAGAGAGAAGGAGUGGUCGACAUCUACAACUGUGUGAAGGCUCUUCGCUCCAGGAGGAUCAACAUGGUACAGACUGAGGAGCAGUAUAUAUUCAUCCAUGAUGCCAUACUGGAGGCGUGUCUAUGUGGAGAAACAGCCAUACCAGUCUGCGAGUUCAAAGCUGCUUUUUAUGAGCUGAUCCGCAUCGACUCGCAGACCAACUCGUCACAUCUGAAGGAUGAGUUCCAGACAUUAAACUCGGUGACUCCUCAGCCUCAACCUGAAGACUGCAGCAUCGCAUUGUUGCCUAGAAACCAAGAUAAGAACCGCUUUAUGGACGGCCUUCCUCCUGACAGAUGCCUUCCUUUCCUCAUUACAAUAGACGGAGAAAGCAGCAACUAUAUCAAUGCUGCUCUGAUGGAUAGCUACAGACAGCCUGCUGCAUUCAUUGUUACCCAGCAUCCUUUGCCUAACACUGUCAAAGACUUUUGGCGCCUGGUUUAUGACUAUGGAUGUACCAGUUUGGUAAUGCUGAAUGAGAUUGACCUGGCUCAGGGUUGUCCCCAGUACUGGCCAGAGGAGGGCAUGUUACGUUACGGUCCCGUCCAGGUGGAAUGUAUGUCCUGCUCAAUGGACUGUGACGUUAUCAGCAGACUUUUCAGAGUCUGCAACCUCACCAGGCCUCAGGAAGGCUACCUGAUGGUCCGUCAGUUCCAGUACCUGGGGUGGGCGGGACACAGAGAAGUCCCCGCCUCCAAACGCUCCUUCCUCAAACUGAUCCUGCAAGUCGACCAGUGGCAGCGUGAGGGAGAGGAGGGAGAGGGAAGAACCAUCGUGCACUGCCUAAAUGGAGGUGGGCGUAGUGGAGUUUUCUGCGCCAGCAGCAUUGUGUGUGAGAUGGCCAAGAGACAGAGCGUGGUCGAUGUCUUCCACGCCGUGAAGACCUUGAGGAACAGCAAACCUAACAUGGUGGAUACUCCGGAACAGUAUCGCUUCAGCUACGACCUGGCACUGGAGUUCAUCGAGUCCUCUUAAACAAAGGAGAGAAGAAGAAGAAGAGGAGGAGGAGUAAGAGGAGGAGGUGAAGAAGAGCAGAACAUCUUUUCACUUCCCAUGUGUUUGAUCCUUUGCUUUCGCUUGGUCCCGACUCCCCUCUGUGGCAGCCGUUCUGUAGCACCCGUUUUGUGCCCCUACAAAUGGCACAAGCAAAAACCGGCUCCUCCUCGCGCAGCGUUGUGAAGAAUCCAAAUAAAGGGAAAAAAGUCCAGACUUUUAACUAAAGGAGCUGCUGGGAGCGCAACACGGGGGGGAUAUGUUACUCCUUUUCCUCCUUUACGCUUAUUGUACAGCUUUUUUGAGUGCCAGCGGGCCCCCCUGUAUGUUUUGGGCCCCAUUUAAAUGUUAAACGUCUCACCACAAGCCCCCUCCCUCCCCCACCUCCCUCCCAUGGACUUGAUGCCUCAUGCUGUGUCAGCUGCAGUACUCAGUGUGCACUGUAGAUGUCUCCCUCUCCCCUUUGCAAGCUGCAACCACAGCUUUUGAAUAACUGCAAGUGCUAGUUUUCAGUGGUCACACAUUCCUGCUCUCAUGCUAAUUUCUGAGUAACUUAACAGUGUUGGGCAUCUCAUCAUGGUGAUGUUUGAAUAUUUUGCAGCCAGUACUUUUGUACAAGAAAAAGAAACUUAAAACUUACAGCCUGGCCAAACUCUGUGAAUGCUUCUGUUUUCUACUCCAUACAUCAGCGGCCAUCUUCAUGUUAUUUUACUGGUUGUUUCAGUGAACUCUGAGCCAGAGCAUUAUUAUGGAUUUAAGUACUUAAGAGCCACUUUGAACCCAAUUUGCGUUGGUUACAUACAGAAGGUUGUCAGAUAACAGAGUACAAAGACACAGAAAAUAACCUUAAAUGUCUGUUUGCUAAUUAGAUGAAGAAACUUUAGACCAACAAGACCCACAAUGAAACAAAAAAGUUUACACGGGGAGUAUUAGGCUUUUAGAUUCAUUUUUGUUUUGUGUUUUUUUUUUUUACAACAUCAUGAAGUGGCAACUUAAAAAAAUGUGUAGGAUUUUCAUUCAAAUGUAUUCCAUUCGAACAAGUGUGAUAUGUGUCAUUGUCUAUGUUUCCUGCAGCCACUGUGGGCUGCAGAGCGGAUUUUCUGUGCUUUACUGAUCUACUGGAUAGAAGUCUUCUUUGUACCCCAAAUUGUAAAAAAAAAAAAAAAAAAAAAUACUGAAUACUUAAGAUUUUGUUCAACCAUGUUACAUUAGCAUAAUCAUGUUUGUUUCAGGGCUGGGCCCAAUGCACUUUCAAUUCAGCCAAUUCACAAAUGGGAUGUUUAAUUUCAAAUAUGAACAGGGUUUUUGGGUACGAGGGAAUCGGCAUAUUAACUCUUAGAAAAAGACUGAGGAUGCACGCUAUUUUCGUGAACAGGUCAAUGUCCAUUUAUGGUUUGAAUGGAAUUGGAAGUGAACUGACCCCAGGCCUCAUUCGUUUUGUGCACUGGUGGCCAACACUUUUUAAUUUUUUUUCUCCUCCUUGUUUUUUUUUAUUAUUUUGUAGCUGAUGUUUAUUCAUAAGCCAAAGACUUUGUGUAAAUAUGUCUAUAUGGAUAAAGCACAUUGUUUGUAUUUAUUGUUUGUUUACUUGCAUUGCUUGUAAGAACAAUCAUUUUUCAUUCCAUGUUUACCACCAGCGUUUCUUAAACUGCGGCUCGGGACGCAAAACUGGGCUGCGACUCUGUUUCCUCUGGAGUACUGAGAGUAUUAGUUUGAUUUAAUGAGCCCAUAAUGGGUCCCGAGGUCAGAGGCUACAUCUGCUCAGUUUGGGUCAGUGAAGAAAAAGUUUAAGAACCCCUGAUAGAAGCUGUAUAUUAAAGCAUUAGACGUAGUUUUUCAGUAUUUAGGUGGAAUUCAGUAGUAUUGUCUUGUUUUCACUUAAUGAAACUCUCUGUGAUGUUACCGUGGUUUAUUUGUGUAAAAGCCCCCAUUUGCUCUGUUUGUGGUCAGUAGAACAUCGGUGCAUUUAUAUGCACAGAGUAUUUUGGAUAAUAGUGCCUAUCCCUCUUAACGUCUUAGUUGGGAUAAGCUGUUUAUCUUCAUCCUCAUACCCUGCUCACUCACAUUACCCCUGAAUACACACGGACUCAGUGAUGCAAACAGGCUUAGUGAGUGAAACACGCAGGACUGUGAAACAAAAAAACAUUUAUUGUGCCUAAUCAUUUGAAUUUCCUUGUUGAUACAAGCAUUUUAACAGCAUCUUAGAUCGCAACCAGGGCUUUGUUGAAUGCGUUCUCAUGGACGAUCAAUGUUUUGAAUACCUUUUGGACCAUGAUUCAGUGUGUUUUAUUAAUCAGAAUGCUUCAUGAAUUCUUUGUGAGGCUUUACCAGAUGUGUUUCUGUUGUGCACAAACUGAUUCAGAUAAAAAAAACAAAACAACAACUUUAUUGUAAAUAAAAUGUCAGAGGUUCCACGUGGUUGGAACAAGAGUAGCCCAGGUCUACUGUUAAGGAUGUAAAUAGACUAUCAUGAGUGCUAUAAGAGGCUCUAUUGUUGGAUGAGCAGUAGAGAUUUAGAUGAUGGAUGCAAUGUCAGAACAUUAGUUCUGUUGUAGAUAUAAAGUCAGAGAUUGUACUCCUGGAGGAUCCAACUUCAAAUUUUGACAGAUAUUAUUUGAAAAGCAUUAUGGUUUCCACUGAAUACAGAACUUUAUUCUGCUGGUGGAACAUCAAUUUUCUGUUUUUUUCCUCCAGAUUUCUGGUCCGACCCAAAGAGCGGAGAGAGAAUUCAGAGGCUAUAACACUAUACUAAUACAGCGGUACGAUGUCUCGUUGGACAAAACUGAUGGUAAUCUCUAUAGCAUGCAGAGAGAGGAAGUGAAUCAGUGAAUUAUAAGGCUGGUAAUCAUUUAAUAGUAUGUCAACCUUCUUAACUACACACUUUAGGGAAAAACUAAGGAGCAAAUCAUGUUAAAAUGCCCAUAAUUCCUCCUUAAUAAAUCUGAAGUAAUGGCCCUGAAGAGUAGUGAAUGAAGCAGGUGUCUGGAUGAGAGGCCAGUCUGAGCAUAGAAUUGAUAUUCAUGGUUCAUAAUUAUUCUUGUCUGUAAUGUUUGGCUUCUUUGCUGUAAUAAAGACCACUUCUUUAAUGAAA